AUGCUCCCAGAAGAGUCUCUCCAGGCAAGCACGCCCAAGCAGUUCCCAAGCGUCCGAACCUACUCGCCUGGUCACAAGUCGAUGCGAUUUGGUACCCAAAGUCCACCACCUCCGCGCGCACCGAACCCGAGCCCCGAGAAACCCGGGACGGCUGGAACUAAUAGCACUAGUCCUUUGAAGCUCUUCGGACCCUACGACACGUUCACCAACCAAACACUCUUGCGACGAAUCAGUCAGUUUGAAGAGCAGAUGUCAGGUUCUUCACGUCAAUCCCUCAGCGGCGAGUUCUCGCAGCAGGCUGGAAGACGACGACCCCAUACUGCUCCAGGUAAUUACCUGUCCGUUCCAGCACAGCAGACAGCUACAAGCUCCCGUUCUGUCAGUCAAUUUGGUGCUGGGGACCUUGAAGGCUAUCAAUUCAAUCAAGACAUCUCCAUCCGACUCGAGGAGGAAUCUCAGUUUUACGAAGGCGAGGAGGAGUCGCAACACGCACCGGAUGAUGAUGAUGAGGAAUCCGUCCUGCGUUUUGAUGCGGCUCCCGGGUCGCCAACCCCAGAUGAAGCGUCAAUGUUCGUUCCCAGAAAGCGAGCAAAGUCAGGGACCACGACUGCUUCGUCUUCGAAGCACACUCCUUCAGCUAGUGAAGGAAGUGUACAAAAAGUCCAAUUCGCCGGAAAUGCUGCAUUUAUGCUAGGUACACCCCAGAGACGUGAUACGGGCUCGGAAGGGAAGCGACCCCGCACCUCGCCAUCCAAAGAUCCGACACCCAAGCGCCGGAGGACGCUCCACAAGUCUGAUAUUGCAUAUGGACGGGAAGAGCGUGAUGCACUCUUGGAUACUGUACAAGAAACUCAUGCUUUGAUGCAGAGCAUGAUGGGCAAGAAGCGUAAAGAUGCCCGUCCGGGAAGUUUGCAACAAAGAGCUCACCCCACCGUCCUAGCCACACGCCAUAUCCUUCGACCAAGGACGCCAACACCAAGUUCGAGGUCCUCUCUACAACCAGGCGAAUUUCCCUUCGAGGAUGAUCUGCUCGACGAGCAACUGGAUGAGCAACCGCAGCGACGAUCUCCCCACCGUGGCUCCCAGUUCACGUCAAGUGCGAAUGAGCGUAGUGCGACUAUCGACACAGACCGCAAGCCAUCCAUUAGAACCCAGGACUUCCUAGAUGAGGCUGGCAAAAUCAUGGCCAUGAUUCGGAAUGGAGCCAAGGCUCCGAGUGGCUUGACGAGUGUGGAGGAAUCUGAUGCAGAAUACGGCGAGCCAAGCCCAGCCAUUGACGAAGACUCAUUCGAGGAUUCAACCAGGGAGCCACUCUCCCGCCCCCGAGCCGGGAAGGAGAACCCCGAGAUUCUCGACUACCUCAAGAAGUACCAAGAGCUCAGCGACAUGGGGGAUGUCAUUACAUCAUCACUCAGGUCCAUGGAUGAGGCUCAGGACGCGAUGCGCGUUGCACAGGAGGUCGAGCGACAAAUUGAAGAGAGGAGCCGAAGCAGGAACAACAAUGAUGAGCUCCAAUAUCUCGGAGGAGACGAGACCAUCAGCGACCCUCCCAAUAUCCGCAUCAGCGCGAACCCGAAUAGGCGACGCGAUGACUCUGAUGGCUUCGACUUCGGAACCCAUUCGUCUGGUGCGUCUACCAACCACACUAUGCACACAGGUUCCUCCCGAGGCUCCGAGUCGCGGAAAACGAUCGCGCCACAGAGUGUGUCACACCUGAUACCGGACCAAGUUGGCAGCAUGUAUCUCGAUCGCCAACAAAACAUCUGGAUCAAGCGCAAGGGCGGAAGCAUUCGACCUAGAAGCCCGCAUGUUAUCCCAUCUGAGGACAGCGAAGAUGAUCCUUUUGCGAGCAUUCCUGAUCUGUCCGUCGACAUCACAAAGGAGAUGCAGCAUUUGCGACUUGUGACGGCUCAAAAAGAGGCCGAGGAACGAGAAGCAAACAUGACACAAUCGCCCCGGACCUCUCUGGAUACGCCCAGGAACUCAUCUGGAAGAGGCUUCGUGACCUUGUCACCAGAUGCAGCGCUACCCAAAGAUAUUGGGUUGCAAGCAAGAACCGAGAUCAGAAAGCUUGGGACAAGGGCAGCAAGUGAUGGAGACGUGGAGCAUGAGAUCCAGCUUGACGAGGAUCGUAUCAUUGACUCUUCCCCCUCCCGGAGGCGGAUGACCAUUUCGUUUUCUUCGCCUAUCGCCUCCAUCAUUCAAGAUGUCGCCGCCGAAGACAUUGAUAGUCUCGAGGACGACGAGGGCAGCUUUGUGGACCCCGAGUUCGUCAUGGAGGAGUCGAAAAGAAGCAAGUACCAGAGCUUGACGAAAGCCGCACGACGGAACCUACUGCAGCCACGCCCACGUACUGCCCCAGCUCGUGGUCCGUCGAGGCAGUUUUCAUUGCGUGGUCAAUCCUUCGUCCCGCGCCCUGUUUCUCGAAUCGACGAACGUGACGAGGACAGCGUGGUAGGGGACAAUGCCGAUGAGCGACAGAUCAGUAUUUUGGCCGACAACAGUGCCCUCAGCCACGUUUCCCGAGACCAGCAAGAGAAGAGCUUGAGCUUCAUCAUCAAGACUCCGGGCAAGACAAGAAUGGGCGGUUUCUACCCAGACACAGGCGCAUUCAUCAGCCACAACGUCGGCAACCUUUCGCUGAGCCCCAUGUCCGACUUCACCAUGAACCACCACGAGAAGUCAUUCGGCUUCGAGGUGAGCUACAUCGUUGAGGAUCAACGUCUUGUCACGGGCGACGGCUCUAAGAAGGUCCUGUCCAUGACAGUCCGGGAUCUCGUCGACCGAUUGACGGAGAUCGAACCAUUCGAGCCAUACUGGGAGGAUUUCACGGAACUCGACAUGAGCGAAAAGCGGCUAUCAAGCCUCCACAUGUUGGACGAGUUUUGCGGGCGAUUAGUGAGCCUCGAUGCGUCGAACAACAGUCUUUGCCACCUGGAUGGGGUGCCGGCCUCGGUCAGACAACUCAAGAUGGCACACAACAUGUUGACUGAGCUGACGUCGUGGGACCACCUCGCUAACUUGCAAUACGUCGACAUCUCCAACAAUGACCUUUCCAGUCUCUCGGCCCUCAAGAACCUCGUUCAUCUUCGCAGUCUGCGAGCCGACAACAACAAGCUCACUUCUCUGGAUGGCUUGAACCAACACGAUGGACUCUUGACGCUCCGAGCGCGGAACAACCUGAUCAAGGUGGCUGAUUUUGAAGGCACCAAGCUGCACCGGUUGACCGAGCUUGAUUUGGUUGGAAACAAGGUGACAGAGCUUCGCAACGCCGGACAGCUUUCGGCUUUGCAAACCCUUAAGCUUUCCAAGAACUGCCUGGAAAGGUUUACUGCCGAAGACGCGCAAGGCCUGGACGGUCUGCGGUAUCUCGACCUGAGUGAUAAUGACAUUCUUGACCUGGACAUCAGUUGCUUGCCAGCCGUUCGCCUGCUUCACGCGGACAGGAACCGCAUCAGCAAGAUCACCGGUUUCACCAAGGCUCGCCACCUGGACAGCCUUUCUCUACGAGAGCAGCGGGGCGAUGCUCAACUGGACCUUUCCUUCCUCUCCUCGGCUUACGAGGUAAGGAAACUGUUCCUUUCUGGCAAUUACAUUGGCACUUUUGAGCCCAAAGUGGAUUUCCUUAAUCUACAGCUGCUCGAGCUGGCCAACUGUGGACUCCGGUGCUUGCCAGAAGGAGUCGGCCAAUUAAUGCCAAACUUGCGAUCGUUGAACCUCAACUUCAAUGCCAUCGCGGAUCUUUCACCCAUUCGAUUCGUUCCCCGGCUCAAGAAGCUUCUUGUUGCCGGGAACCGGCUGUCGGACUCAACGACAGUGACGGAACUUUUGACGGACUUCCCGCACCUGACACAGUUGGACUUGCGGGACAAUCCGAUUACCCAGGGGUUUUACCCGCCAGUGCACGUUACGAUAUCAGCAGACCGAGGCCACGUCGCUGACCCAUUCACUCUCCCAGAGGCUGACCCGGAGCGGGACGCCGUGUUUGCCAGGCGACUGGAUGAGACGACCCGACUGCGGCGCCGACUGUACCAGGUUGUUUUUGUGGGAUGCUGCAAGAAGCUGAAGCUUUUGGACGGACUUCCCGUCAAGCGUCAGCACAUGCUUGCCCGUGACCCAUCGUUUCAGGCGUUGGUGAAAGAGGGGCUUCUGCCCAGCGACGUUGCCCAAGUUCCGACUUCUACCCCAGCGGCAGGGCCGGCUGAGCCCCAAGCCCCAGGUCCGAUCCCGGCAGCGGCACCUCCCUCUGUCUCGGCACAGGCGGACGAGAGCAGCAGAUGGAACGCAGAAGACAGCUUCGCUUGA